UCGAGACUCGCCGUACUUCAGGCUUGAGCCUGUCAUGGCAGUGGUCAAAUGUUCCUGUUUUUAUGUUUUGGGUAAUUAUUUUCUUGUAGUGCAUAAUAGAUAGGAAAUGGCUGGAGGUUAUUUAAUCACAUUGUACGAGUAUUCGCCACUCUUUUACAUUAGCGUGGUUUCUUUGUGUUUUGUUGUGACAGCUGCCAUGGUCCUCGGCUGGUUUGGUUUUGAUGUCCCGGUGAUCCUGCGUAGCUCUGAUGACACAGAGUCCAUCCAACCAACACCUGAAAAGCAAAUGGUUCAAGUGACUAAUCCCUUUUCCCUCGAAAUUGGUUCAAGAUCCGCAUCUGUUGCCGAUGGCGCGUGGUUGAAGCCAGGUUGUUUGGAGCACUGCGUCUUAAGCUGUUUCUGGGGUUGCGAGGUCAGCGCCCUGCAGCGAGCGUUGCAGGCCCACCAGGGUGGCUCCAGGUUCAGCACCCCACAGCAUUUCAAGGAGGCGUUGCAUCGCUUCUAUCAUCACGGCCAGAGCUACUAUAUCAGCAACGAAGAUAGAGAGGAACGCUACACUUGUAUUCCAGCUGAUCAGGGACUCUCAGAUUUUGGCCCAUUGCCCAGACGACACUAUCCUCUCGUGGCUGUGUUGACCUUGGCGGAACAAGAAGCCCGAGACACCUACGACAUUGUUGCCAGUGUCACCGUAAUUCAUGUACCAGAUGAUAUAUACAACCUGUCUGCAAGGAUCCUCUUCCAGUACCUUCUCACCUCACGAGGGAACAUGUACGAGUUAAAAGCUCUCUUCAUGUCGGCUAAUAUUAGUGUGGAAUCUGGCCAUCCUGAUCCCGACCCGAUUACCCGUCCCAGUGAGACCGAGCAUGAGGAGGAAGAGGCGGCUGGAAAGGUGGCGUCAUCGGUAGAGGAUGAUGAGGAGGAAGAUGAUCAAGGCUGGUCAGAUGGGCAGGGCAGAGACUGUGUCGUGUGUCAAAACGCAGCCAUCAACAGAGUGUUGCUGCCCUGCAGACAUGCUUGUGUGUGCGACAGUUGUGUCUCUCACUUCAAACACUGCCCCAUAUGUCGAGCUUUCAUCCAGGAGUCCUUUGCCCUGACUCUUGGUCUUGCCGUGAACAAUGAACUACAUUACGAGCAACACUGAACAACUGGCACGACAAAAUCAACCCCAAAGCAAUAUGUGUCACGCUAGCAUAGUCUAUUAGAAUUCUUUUCAACCGUAUUGCUUUUCUAUGAAGAACAUGAAGAUUUACGCAUCCUUCCCUGUUGAAUUUUCCUUCAACACUGAAGGGCCACAAGACAUUUGAGGAUUUUUUAGCAACAUGCUAAUUAAGUUGCUUGCUGGUUUGACUCAAGGCUGUAAUAAUUUAGAAUUGGCUUGAAUUGUAUUUUUGACACCGAGGAAGAUUGUAGUUGGUGUGUAGUAAUUGUUUUCA